AUGGCACAAAGACGGACCCACUCAAAGAAUAAAACUGGUUGCAUCAAUUGCAAGAAGCGGCACAUCAAGUGUGAUGAGUUAGGCCCUCCAUGCGCAAACUGCAGGGUUCGAAAUGUGGAAUGUGGCCAGGAGCCCCCUGGACUUAGCACACGCUCUCCUCGGCCGAGAUCCCAGCUUGCAGGAGAGAAGACCCUUCAAGCAUCGGUUGCGAUCGUCGGUGACAGAAUAUCAGAGCUGGAGCUUUUUCAUCGCUGGUCAACAGACACCUACCAAAGCUUCAGAAUUACACCCGGUGAUGGGGAUGUUUGGCGUCUCAUGGUGCCCCAAGAAGCCUUGACAUACCCCUUUCUCCUCAAUGCCAUUUUCUCAAUAACAGCUCUGCACGUCGCUACGAUGACGAGACCCUCUAGAUCCCAAGCCUACGAACUUGCCGCCUUGGAGUAUCAAAAUUUAGCCAUCACCACCUUUCAGGCAAGCAAUCUCCGUGUGACUGCGGCCAACCACCAAGCUGUGUUUGCGUUCUCAGUCUUGAAUAUGGCGCUUGCUGUGGCAUUGCCGUACCAUUUACCACGCGACAAUAACCCCACAAACAUACGACAAGAACUUCCGACUAUGUUUGGCCUCCUGCAGGGUGUGGUAUCCAUCUUUUCCUCAGCGCGGACUUGGCUCAGCACUGGCGCUUUCCAGGGGUUGGUCGACCGCCGAAUGCCACAUAUGUGCCGAGAUGAAUUGGAUCACGAACAUAGAACCGCCAUGGACAGACUUCGUCUUGCCAAUGAUGAAGGGUACCGCCUGCUUUGCUCCGACGGUGCCUCUUCUCCCCUGAGGGCUGUGUCUUACCACGAAUCGAAUCUUGCUGCCAUUGAAAGCCUGGAGCAAUUGUUCCUCUGGGAGACUGGUGCUGAUAGCCGGAGCUGUUUGAGGUGGCUGGCGACUCUGGAGGGGACUAUCAUCGACGCUAUAAGCGAUCACGAGCCGGUUGCGAUGCUUGUGACCAUGCAUUGGGCUAUCUUGUUGAACAAACUCGGGGAGACGCGAUGGUGGGGGAAAUCAUGCGGAAAAAUGCUAGUUACUGAGCUGUCAAUGACCCUGAAACCACUGAUGCCGCAGUGGGAGCCGGCGAUCUCAUGGGUCCAUCAGCAAGUUGGCCUACCUAGCUUGGCCUAG